UCAUAAGCAUAGAGAUCGAUCGAGUGCGGAGGAGGAGGGAAGGGAAUGGCCACCGCCAGUCUCUCAUCUCGGAGACUGGUCGUCUCCAUUCUCUUGAUGGCGAUCUCUUCCGUCGCGUACGCGACGCAGGACGAGUACGCGAGCAUGAUGAGCAGCCACUUCAUGGGACUCCAUCCGCGGGCGGGGAGCAGGCUAUUGGCGGCGGUGAAGAAGGGAGACCGAUGCGAUCCGGUGACCAACAACAUCUGCCAGCGGGUUCAGGCCAAGGACAGCCGCCAGCUGUUGCACUGCUGCAAGAAGCACUGCCGCAACGUGCUCUCCGACCGGAACAACUGCGGCGUCUGCGGCCACAAGUGCGGGUUCGGCCACCUCUGCUGCAGCGGGAAGUGCACCGCCGUGGCCUACGACGUCAACAACUGCGGCAAGUGCGGAACGGCGUGCCAGGCGGAGUUGCGAUGCGAGUACGGGAGCUGCGGCUACGCUUGAGCUGGUCGAUCGUCCAUGUUAUUGGUAUUCAAGGUGUGCGUGAAGACUGUGAUACGAGCUAUAUAUAUAAUAGAUUACGUACUAAGGUUGGAGAGGAGAGCAAGGAGAGAUGGAUGCAAGUUCUAUCUGCCUGAUAAUACUCUCCGAUCUCUGUAGCUUUGGUGUCGUAUACAAAUGCAUCGUAAUAAUCUCAUCUCUUCAUUUAGAGUGAUAAUAAUAAGGGCAAAGGCAUGACUCAUGCCCCCAUGUCCAGUGUUUUCCUUCCUCAGUUAUCACCAAUCAAUAUUCUUGGCAGUGUGUGA